UACCUUAGCAUUUCAAAGCAAGUCACAAUUCAUAGAAAAGAUAGAAAGAGAGUGAGUGAGAGAGGAUGGAGUACUAUCAGGCUCGGACAAUGCUGCUAGUGAUUUUCAUUUUUCCGGCAUUAGUCGAGUGCAAGGUCCGUCUUUAUAAUUUCAGGGUAGUCCUGACGAACACAACUAAGCUUUGUUCAACGAAGUCCAUCCCCACCAUCAACGGAAAGUUUCCGGGGCCCACUAUUUAUGCAAGGGAAGGAGAUAAUGUCAAUAUAAGGCUCACUAACCAGGUCCAACACAAUGUUACCGUCCAUUGGCAUGGAGUGAGGCAGUUGCGUACGGGCUGGGCCGACGGGCCAGCAUACAUUACACAGUGUCCAAUACUGCCUGGGCAAAGUUAUCUCUACAAUUUCACUCUUACAGGCCAGAGAGGCACACUUCUCUGGCAUGCACAUAUUUCAUGGUUAAGGGCAACGAUACAUGGUGCCAUUGUCAUCUUUCCUAAGAAAGGUGUUCCUUACCCAUUUCCAAAACCUGACAAGGAAAAGAUCAUCACAUUGAGUGAAUGGUGGAAAGCUGAUGUUGAAGCUGUGAUCAACCAAGCAACGAUGACUGGCUUGCCUCCAAAUAUAUCAGAUGCACACACCGUUAAUGGCCAGACGGGGGCAGUUCCGGGCUGCACUUCUCCGGGUUUCACGUUACAUGUUGAAAGUGGCAAGACCUAUUUGCUACGCAUUAUCAAUGCAGCAUUAAAUGAUGAACUCUUCUUCAAGAUUGCAGGGCAUAAUAUUACCGUUGUUGAAGUGGAUGCUACUUACACUAAGCCCUUUAGCACCGACACGAUAUUUAUCGGUCCAGGCCAAACCACAAAUGCCCUUCUUACUGCAGAUAAAAGCAUUGGCAAGUAUUUAAUAGCUGUGUCUCCCUUCAUGGAUACUGUAGUUGCUGUUGAUAAUGUGACUGCAAUCGCUUUCUUGCGCUAUAAGGGAACCCUUGCAUUCUCCCCACCUGUCCUAACCACCACUCCUGCUAUAAACGCAACUCCUGCAACUUCAACUUUCAUGGACAAACUUCGAAGCCUGAAUUCGAAGAAGUACCCAGCCAAUGUCCCAUUAACAGUAGACCAUGAUCUAUACUUCACGAUCGGUGUCGGGAUUGACCCUUGUGCAACAUGUAUUAAUGGUAGCAAGGCUGUGGCAGAUAUAAAUAAUGUUUCUUUUAUAAUGCCAACUACAGCUUUACUUCAAGCACACUACUAUAACAUAAGUGGGGUCUUCACAGAUGAUUUCCCAGCAAAACCACCGAUUACUUUUAAUUAUACGGGAAAUAAUACGGCAAUGAAUCUAAAGACCACAAAUGGUACUAGAGCUUAUAGGCUGGCUUUUAAUUCAGCAGUUCAAGUGGUGUUGCAAGGAACCACUAUAAUAGCACCUGAGAGUCAUCCAUUCCAUCUUCAUGGAUUUAAUUUCUUCGUUGUUGGCAAGGGACUAGGAAAUUUUGAUCCAGAUAAUGAUCCAAAGAAAUUUAAUCUGGUUGAUCCUGUUGAAAGGAACACAGUCAGUGUACCUACUGCCGGAUGGAUUGCAAUCAGAUUCAAGGCAGAUAAUCCAGGUGUUUGGUUUUUGCAUUGCCAUUUGGAAGUACACACGACAUGGGGACUAAAGAUGGCAUUUGUGGUGGACAAUGGCAAGGGCCCAAAUGAGUCAAUACCACCACCUCCUAGUGACCUUCCAUCGUGCUAGAAUCUUGAUGAAGAUGCUUUGAAACCACAUAUUUGAGACUAGGGAUGCGGGAGGGAGGAGUAUAGUAUAGUUCACAAUUGGGGGGUGAAGUGCUCAGGAAAAAAAAAAAAAAAAAAGAGAUUUGAUAACAAAAGCUAAUAAACAGGAGAGAAAUGGGUUGCGUUUUAUUUUUUGCAUUUAUGUAGCACAAUGAAGUUUCUAAGAAAGAGUGAAUAAAUUAAGCUGUAAAAGUUAGUCAUGUUUAUCAUUUUUAUUUCUAUUUUCAGGUGGAAUUUGUUAAACACGCUUUGAUUCCACUUGAAGUUGUAUGAAUGCUUGUGACUCUUGCAACAAUUGGGAGAGAAUUAAAAGCGGGCAAUCCCAACUAAUGGUUAUU